AGUCGCGGCCUGGUUGCGUCAUCAGGCGUCGACCCGCGGAAGCCGGGGCAAGCGAUGACGCAGAAUACAUGCGACCGCCGAGGCUUGUUGCUUUUGAAUGGGCUUGCUUGCAUUUUUCCUGGCGAAAUAAUCGGUUUAUUCAGCGAUAAACACGCGAAAUGGACAGUCGGUUGCAGGAAAUCCGUGAGAGGCAGAAGCUAAGACGACAGCUUCUUGCACAACAGCUGGGAGCAGAAAGCGCAGACACCAUCGGCGCUGUUCUCAAUAGCAAACAGGAGCAAAAAGAGAUUGAGGAGACGAGAGAGACAUGCAGAUCGUCGUUCGACACGACGGCGACCGGCUCCAAAAGGAAAUGCCAGAAUGAGGGCGAGGAGGCCGAUGAGGACGUGGAGGAGCAGAGAGAGGACGCAGAGCCUCAGCAGCAGGAGGACAGCGGUCCAUUCGAAGAGGUCUACAAGGACUCCAGCACCUUUCUAAAGGGGACGCAGAGUCUGAACCCUCAUAACGACUACUGCCAGCAUUUUGUGGACACGGGACAUCGACCGCAAAACUUCAUCAGAGACGUGGGUUUGGCUGACCGAUUCGAGGAGUACCCCAAACUCCGAGAGCUCAUCCGGCUCAAAGACGAGCUCAUCUCCGCUACAAACACACCACCCAUGUACCUGCAGGCCGAUCUGGAGAACUUUGAUCUCAGGGAUCUGAAGUGUAAGUUUGACGUGAUCCUGCUGGAGCCUCCAUUAGAAGAGUAUUACAGAGAAUCAGGCAUCAUCGCCAGCGAACGCUUCUGGACCUGGGAUGAUAUCAUGAAGCUGGAGAUUGAUGAGAUCUCAGCACUGCGUUCUUUUGUCUUUCUCUGGUGCGGCUCGGGGGAGGGGCUCGAUCUCGGCAGGAUGUGUUUGAGGAAAUGGGGGUUCAGGAGAUGUGAGGACAUCUGCUGGAUCAAGACCAACAAGAACAACCCAGGAAAGACCAAAACGCUGGACCCCAAAGCAGUGUUUCAGAGGACCAAGGAGCACUGCCUGAUGGGUAUUAAGGGCACGGUGCGGCGCAGCACAGACGGCGACUUCAUCCACGCCAACGUGGACAUCGAUCUGAUCAUCACAGAAGAGCCUGAGAUGGGCAACAUCGAGAAGCCUGUGGAGAUUUUUCACAUCAUCGAGCACUUCUGCCUCGGACUCAGACGUCUCCAUCUGUUCGGCAGAGACAGUACCAUCAGGCCAGGCUGGUUAACCGUCGGACCCACAUUGACAAACAGCAACUUCAACGCUGAAGCCUACUCCGCCCACUUCUCCACCUCCCACCUCUCCGGCUGCACAGAGGACAUUGAAAGGCUCCGCCCCAAAUCUCCGCCCCCUAAGCCUGAGGGGUGCAGGGGGGCUCCACGAGGGGGCCGUGGUGGAGUGGCAGGGGGACGAGGUGAACGCGGGCGCGACAGGAACCGACCCAACUUUCGUGGAGAGCGGGGCGGGUUCAGGGGGCGCGGCGCACCUCACCGCGGGUUUCCUCCACGAUAAAUUCUUUUUUUUUUUUUUUAAUUGUGGUGGGUUUUUUUUAAUAUAAAAAUGAUGACACAGAGCUGAUAUAUUUUUUUAACGGACCAGCAAAUUGUUGUUGUUUAGCUGCAAAAAAUGGUUGCCUUGUUCCAUUUGAUUUCAUUUUUUUUUUUUUUUUGGAUCCUGAUCAUACAGUAAAUAUGACAGACAGCUAAUGAAUUUUAUAUGUGCACAUCUUGGGUUUUAAAAGGCAAAAUAAGGACCUUGUUCAAAUCCACAUCGCUGCUGUAAGACUUCUUCUGUUUGGAUUGAAUGUCAUGUGUUUGAAAUGCAGUUUUGAGAUUUUUACUGAUUUUAUAAUUGGUCUUUUUAAUUGGUCUGUUUUUUUUUUUUUUUUUUUUUUUCUUUCUGUAAAAAUGUCACAUAUGCGUCAUUUUGCAAAUUUCCUUCUGCUCUGGUAUUAGUAUUGGGUCUGGGGGCAUAUAUUACAGACCCUGUUUUCAUGCCUUUGUGUUCAGACAUCAUCUGCAUCACAGGCUGUGUCUCUGGAACAUCUUUGUAUUUGCUGUGCUUGUGUUUAAAUGGGAUGGAAAGUGGCUUUACACACACUAAAAAAUGGUUUCUCUCAUCUACUUCUCAAGAAAUAAAAUCGAUUUUUAAAAGUAUA